AGUUCACUCACUGGUUCUCGGCCGGUCACGUGAGGUCCAUAAAGUGACUUUUAUGGUUUUGGGGGAGUGGACGUGCUCCGAAAUAUUUCACUUUGCCAGACAGCGAGAGAGGCUUGAACGGCUUGGCGGUCAAGCCGAGGCAGGCAGGCGGGCAGGCAGGCGGGGAGGGCGGGCGUGUGGAAGGAGAGCUCCGCCGUGCGGGAUGAUUCUCUCUCGGCCUGCGCAAGGAGGGAGGGAUGGAGGAGUCGGGACGCAAACUAAUGGAGGACUGUGGAUGAAGGAUGAAGGAUGCUAACAGAUCCCGAAAUGCUGGAAGACGAAGAAGAAGGAUGCGUUCAGUGGAAAUAGGAAAUCUAACCACCGGAAGAAGAAAGGGCUGGAAUGAAAGAGUCCGAUUAUGUGGAGCCAAAGUUCCCGCCGUGCGAGAAGCAUUUCCCGCCCCCGCACUCCCAGGACUACUACGGCUACCGCAGGCUCGCGCAUUCGGACUCCAUCGUCUACCGGCCGCAUCCGACGUACUUGCCUCGUCGGGCCGCCUCCGAGCUUUUCUCCCCGGUGACACCUACCCCGCCGCCGCGAGGGCGCCCCCCAGGACCAGGCGGUGUACCAGUGGAUGAGGAAAAGCGCACGUGAAGUAGGACGCGGCCCCCUCUGCCAGGAGGAACAGAAGGACGCCACAGAAAGAAAACGUCUUGGAAGACAUCCCCAACCCCCAAAAACACACUUAACACUCCAGAAAGAAGCUUUUCCCAGAGACUCCUUUCUGGUGUUCACAUGGAAGAAGGAAAACCUUUCUGGGUUUCUGGGAAGAAAGAAGAGGAGAGAGGAAGAUGACUUCCAAGUCCUUAGGAGGCUUGGGAAGGCUGCCCUUUCCCAUCCGAGCACCAGGACGUAGAGGGAAGUCUCUCGGUCAGAUCGCAGGCGAGCGUUGGAGAGCCACCGUCACGUGACCCCUGAUGCCAAAUGGUCUUCAGGCCGUGGUUCUCAGCAAGGACCGGUGCACAAGACAACACGGCCACAUCCCCCAGACAUGCAGAAGACCACAUACUACGACAGCUCCUCCACGCUUUUUGCUGGCUUUUCGUCCUAUCAGGUGCAAGGGGGGGCAGCGGCGCCUAACGGCUUUGGGGGUUAUGAAGUCCAAGAGUCUCAUCAUCAGCCGGCCUUCCAGUCCGCUACCCAUCUGGAUGUGGACUCCUUCCACCGCUCUGCGUGCUCUUUGCAGUCGCUGGGUGGUGGCGGCGGGCACCAGCAGCUCGCCAAAAGCAAGGAGCUGAAUGGCAGCUGCAUGAGGCCCUCCCUGCCGCCUGAGCUCCACACUGGCUCUCAAGCGUCCCCCACGCUGGCCCCCAAUUCCAGCGAUGGUAGUACCGCCGCUCAGCAGCCGGGUGGCAGUGCUGGAGCCUCUUCCGUCCCCAAAGCAGGCCCCAAUAAGUCCUCCUCAUCCUCUGCCUCGUCCUCAAGUUCCUCCUCCUCUUCUUCGCUGCCCUCCAACCCCGCUUUGGCCAAGCAGAUCUUUCCCUGGAUGAAAGAAUCUCGCCAAGCAACCAAGCAGAAAAACAGCUCCCCCAGCAACACCUCCUGCAACGCAGCAUCAGGUGGAGGUGAGAGCGGCAGCAGCGGGGAGAAAAGUCCCACCGGCGGGUCGUCCGCAGCGUCCAAGCGAGCGCGCACGGCGUACACCAGCGGCCAACUGGUGGAACUGGAGAAGGAGUUCCAUUUCAACCGAUACCUUUGCCGACCCCGGCGGGUGGAGAUGGCCAAUCUGCUCAACCUGUCUGAGCGCCAGAUCAAGAUCUGGUUCCAAAACAGACGCAUGAAGUACAAAAAGGACCAGAAAUCUAAGGGAUUAAGUUCCAGCUCAGGAGGGCCUUCACCAACCGGAUCCCCCCCCCUGCCCAUGCAAUCCUCUGCCAGCUUCCUCAACUCAAUGCACCCCAUGGUCGGCGGCGGUGGGGGAGGAGGAUCAGGCUUCGAUGCUCCAUCUCCUCCGUCCUUUGGUAAAGCUCACCAAGGAGUGUCUUACUCCAUGUCCACUGCCUAUUCCAAUCUCCCCAUGAAGGGCUGCCCUCCCCAACAGAAGUAUAGUCACCCGGAUCCAGACUACAGCGACCCCCAUCCUCACCAUGGCUUGGUGCAGGCCAACAAUGCCAGCUUUGGGACUGCCACUAACAUGCAGGCCAGUCCAGUCUACGUGGGGGGUGGCAGCUAUGUGGAACCUAUGCCCGGCUCGGGGCCUUCUAUGUACGGCUUGAACCACCUCGGCCCCACGCCUCCCCAUCACCAAACCGUGGACUACAAUGGCGUGGGGCCCAUGCCGGCCGCAAACCAGCAUCAUGUGAGUGGAGGGGUACCCCCCGGUCCCUGUGACCCGCCCACGCAUCCAACAUACGAAGAGCUGUCAGCGCACCAUACCUCGACUCAGGGCCGAAUCCAAGAAGCACCCAAACUCACUCACCUGUAGUGGACUCGGACCAACAUGAAGACACACCACAGAGAACAAGUAAUGUGACUCGCUAACAGACCUAACUAACACAUGGGGGUGGGGGGGCGGUUACCUGUAGGAACAGGGAUGGCAUAGACAAGACAGAAUGGAGCGAUUCAGUGGUUUGCUCUCGACCUUGUUCUAGCGCUUAUCCUGCUUAAGGAUGCACGGAAUCGGUGACCAAGUAUGUAUUCACAAAGGCUGCUCAUUUUUCAUCAAUUCUUAUUUUUGGGUUAUAAGCCAGAACAAACAAAAAUUAGCUUAGCCGUUUGACUGUCACGCACAUAUGGGCGAGUGUUGUCCGGCGUUUUGGCUGCUUUUUGUUUUGGCGUUAGAGCGAGACACUACAUCGGCGUUGAAAGGUAUUUCUCGCCAUAUGUCGAUCAUGUCGGACGACACCGCUCAGUGGCAUCGAAGCAUCCGUAGUUUGAAGGUCUCGGGUCAUUUUGGGUACAGUAGGGUAGGGAAAUCAGUACACAGUCUGAACCAAACUGAAGGUUGAGAUUCCACCCCUACGAUAGAUGACCCAUAGAUAGAUGAUCAAGUGGUUAGCGCGCAGGCCCCACAGCAAGGAGACCCGAGUUCAAUUCCACCCCCUUGGAGUUUGCAUAUUCUCCUCCUGCAUGCUUGGGUUUUCACCGACAUUCCAAAAACAUGCUAGGUUAAUUGGCGACUCCCAAUUGUCCAUAGGUAUGAAUGUGAGUGUGAAUGGUUGUUUGUCUAUAUGUGCCCUGUGAUUGGCUGGCGACCAGUCCAGGGUGUACCCCGCCUCUCGCCCGAAGACACUUGGGAUAGACUCCAGCACCCCCCGCGACCCUUGUGAGGAAAAGCGGUAGAAAAUGAAUGAAUGAAUGAAUGGUUUCAGCACAGGGCGAGUGGUUAGCUUGCAGGCCUCACAGCUAGGAGACCCCAGUUCAAUUCCACCCUCGGCCAUCUUUGGGUUUUCUCCGGGUAUUCCGGUUUCCUCCCACAUUCCAAAAACACGCUAGGUUAAUUGCCGACUCCAAAUUGUCCAUAGGUAUGAAUGUGAGUGUGAAUGGUUGUUUGUCUAUAUGUGCCCUGUAAUUGGCUGGCCACCAGUCCAGGGUGUACCCUGCCUCUAGCCUGAAGACAGCUGGGAUAGGCUCCAGCACCCCCGCAACCCUCGUGGGGAUAGGUGGUAGAAAAUGAAUGAAUGAAUGAGCAGUAAAGAAAUAUUAGGAAACGUAUUCCUGCUGCGCUUGGAUCCAUCACAGGCCUUGUUGCCGAGUGUAUCUGGACCAGCUAAUGUUGGGUUUUCACCCUCGCCCGUCCGGGAAGUACAUCAAAACCACUGACUCGCGUUCCUUGGUCUCUUUUCACCCCCCCUGCCUAUACUCGUAUGUCUGUAUUCAGGCUAUGUCCACACCAACAUGCAUUGUUAUGACAAAGACAUGUGUCUUGUCCUUGAAUAGUUCCACCUGGGUUUGAGGUUCUUCAGGGUGAAGAACUUCAAAAAGUCCAGCAUCAACGCCACAAUACCCCAAAAGAUACAAAUCCACACAAAUAUUGAUGAACAAAUGUAAUGAAAUGCGCAACCAAGUCAGAUGAGAGAGAUUAGUGUGUGUUUUUUGCAAAUGUUGGUGUGGACAUGGCCUCCACACACUGUGUCUAUGUCUAAAAAUAGCACACGCCCCCCGAAGAGGGCAAGCUUUUUAUUCUGCCAUCUCUUCACACGUCGUCCGGCUUCACGGCUAGCAUAGCUUCCCUGGACGACACGCACGACGUACGUAUCAGCCUUUGAACGCACAGCAGUGCUAAGCUAGCUUGCUGUUGUUGAUGCGUGCAGCCGCUUGCUUUGUUGAAACGUUCCUUCUUUUGGCACAUCAUGGAUACAGGGUACACGAGAGUGGAGAAUACUAUCGAUUUUACAUUGGGGUGCCCAUUUUCUCCCUCUCUUUCAUUUCUAGAAGAGUUGACGUCCAGCGGCGGACGCCAGUUCUUGUUUUUUUUUGGGCCAUAACUUGACUUUUCCGAUGGAUACAGGGUAUAUCGUAUUUGAAGAACAAUGCAUGUGACAGGACUCUGAGCUGAGGUGUGCGGCACCUUUUGGAAAAGCACGGAGGUUUAUGAGCUUGGAGCAUCCGUGGGAAUGAGUUUGGGACAAUCCACAGGUGUGAAAGGAAGGAUGUGGAUGUUGAAGGCAUGUUUGGCCCACUUGGUGCUCCGUGAAGCUCUGGAAAUGGAAAUGGUGUGAUAUUUCUGAAAGGUGCAGACAUACCACGGAGGCUUUUCACGUCUGUGCAUCAUUCUUGCACUUAGAGUUUACAUUUUGAUGGGUAACAGUAAAAAAAAAAAUAAAAAAAAAAAUCAAAUGUUAUUUUGAGGACGGAAGGCCCUCCAAUCAAAGAGUCUUUCGCAAACGUGCGUACAAGUGAGCAUAAAAUAUUUAUUUGUUAUAGCCAGUUUUGUAUUAUCAUUAUUUAUCCUUCACGUAUUUAUAUUGAGAAAAAAUACUGUAAUUUUCUAGCAUUUACCUGUUAUGAAAAAAAAAACAGCAUUGUGUUUCUUCUUGUCGAUUGUACUGAAGUUACAUUUGAGUUGUUGUACUUUGAUAGGAAAAAGGUAGUUUUUAAGUUCCUACAAUGACCCUUGUACGUAAAUGUCUUGACAUGUACGGGGAACAUGCAGGGUGGGGCUUGGCCCCCCAUCCAUGCCUAUGGAGUAUUUUGGCAAAGUAUUACCUGAAAAAGAAAAAAAAAACACUUGAUUUGCCCUUUAGCAACUUUUGAUUUGUUGUUUAGACUUGUCUGUCCACAAUUCCUGAAUAAAAUGUUACUUUAUGCCGACUGUUUCAAGGUACAGGGUUUGAAUAAGCAAUGAAUAAAAUGUCAACAU